UUGCGCCAACUGUGACCAUCAAUUGUUCCAGCAUCGUCACAGUAAAUGAAGGUGAUGACUUCACAUGUGUAUGUAGAGGUGAAGGUGGAAACCCCCCAGCUAAUGUAACUUGGUAUGAUAAAGAUGGCGUCCAGAUUGGUGGAACAGGAAAAGAAGAACAAACAUUAACUCUCAGGAAUGUUGAUGGAACAGACACUGGAACAUACAAGUGUGUUGCCGAAAGCCACACUCUUGCGGAAGAAAAAUUGGUCGAAGUAGUAAAAGUAAGACUUGAUUGUAAGUAUUGUUGUAAAUAUAUGCGUGUUUGUAUGUAAAUAUUUAAACUGAUGCAUGGCGUGUGCACAUGCCACAUAUGUAAAUUUAGAAACUGUAUAAAAAGGACAUGCAUGUGUUUGAACUGGUGCUGCGUAUGUUUUGAAGUGAGCAAUAUACAGGGUGUAUCAAAAAAACUGAACAGAUUUGAAAUUGCUCUCAAUUUCGCAAAACACCUAUUUGUAUCCGUUUUUUUAUAUAUAUAGCUUCGUUGGGUACUUAUAAUGUAGAAUAAUGAAAAAAAUUUCUCAAACUCAAAUUUUGUGAACCAGGGGGGUGUGUCUUUUCCAAAAAAACAAACUUGGCUCGCGCACAAAAUUUAAAAGCUGUAAUCAUAUUUUGAGUUAAUAGAUGGAAAAUUUGUCGGGUUUUUAAUUACUGUACAAAAUUUCAGACAAUUUGGUUUAGUUUAAGCCCCUUAACUAUUCACGCAAAGUUACAUUUUUCCCUAAAAAUCAGCUAUUUGCAUGCUUAAUUAAUGCAUUUGCCUAAUUUGCAUAUGUCAGCAAUAUGCAAAUUAGGUAAAGGCAUUAAUUAAGCAUGCGAAAGGCUGACUUUUUAGAACAAAAUGAAUAGUUAAAGGACUUAAACUAAACCAAAUUGUCUGAAAUUUUGUACAGUAAUUAAAAACCCGACAAAUUUUCUAUCUAUUAACUCAAAAUAUGAUUACAGCUUUUAAAUUUUGUGCGCGAGCCAUUUUUAGUUUGUUGGAAAAGACACACCCCCCUGGUUCACAAAAUUUGAGUUCGAGAAAUUUUUUUCAUUAUUCUACAUUAUAAGUACCCAAGGAAACUACAUAUAUAAAAAACCGGAUGCAAAUAGGUGUUUUGCGAAAUUGAGAGCAAUUUCAAAUCUGUUCAGUUUUUUUUGAUACACCCUGUACAGGGCCUGAACUUGAAAAUGGGCGUGCAGGAGGAUCAACCUGGGCAAGGUUUCUAACAUGCGCAGGGGCCAACUCAAUUUUGCGUGCCUUCGCAAACUGAUAUUGAAAGUCAUAAUACUGUUAUAUCGCGUAGCACACGUUUGGUUAUAAUUGCUCCUAAAAUAUCCAAACUGUCAGCGAUAAUACACCUGAAAAGUCGACAAGCUAUUUGGAGAUAAUUAAACCUGAAAAAUGCCCCAACCACCUCGUGAAAUGAAACCGCUUAUAGUUUCUAUUAGGCCAAAUAAAAAAAAUUGCUGGUUUCAGGUUUCACAGCCAUGUUUUAUAUGGGUAGGUAGGUCGGAAAAACAUUUUAUUUAAAAAAAUAUUUUAUAUCAAGUAUGCAAUAACAGGAUAACCCGUGAGCUACAUGUUUUUCGCGAGAAAUAAACACAUCAAGGCGUUUUCCCCUUUUUUCAGCAGUAGCUGCCAUUUCAGAUACGUUUUUAAUAUUUUAUUCAACUGUUCUUUGUGUAAAACUAUGAUUAACAUGACUGUAUGAUUAAAUUAUAAGCAAACAAAAUAAUUUGUAGAUAAACAAGUCUAAUGACUAUUUAUAUAUUCGGCUAUUUAAGAUCUCUACUGGGAAAAGUCAAUAAAAUGUUUAUGGUCGGUCAUAUUUUUGACAGGUCGGUCGGAAACCUGAACCCAACUAUUAUUUUUAUUUGGCCUUAGCAACAGGCAUCUAUACUAAUAUUGUAUUGUGUUUUUAGAGGUUUUAAAGAAUCAUCACAAUGAGUGCCAGCGAAACAAAGAUUUGAAUCCAUACUUAGCCAUCCCUCAUGUUCGAGACAUGUUGAUUAAGCCAUCGGAAAGGUAUGAGCAUUCGCCUCAUGUAUUUCACAGGGAUUUGGUAGCUUUGAAUGUUUAGCGAUGUCAUCAUAAUAUAUAUCGUAAUAUAAAACACAAAACAAGAUAAAGUAUAAGUUAUGGUAGCCAGGUGACUUCAAGAGGCCAAAACGUAACAAGCAUAAAUUUCAUAUUAAUCUUUUAUUAUUAUUAUUAUUAGUUUAAUAAAAUCCAUUUUGCAGCUAAAGCUGAAUUGCAUGGAAAGGAUAUUUACAAUAUUAAAUAUUAAAAUUUACGUUAACAAUGUUAUAUACUUAUUAUUAACUACCUAUUAUAAAAGUGCAAAGUACAAUAUUUAAGGAGCAUAUUGGACUGUAGAUCAAUUAAUAAGAUAUUUUAUCAAUAUUUUUUUCUUGAAAGUGAACAAUAUUUAUAAAAGUGCAAAGUACAAUAUUCAUGAAGAUUCAGAGAAGGUUGUACAGCCCAUGCUGUUUAUAACACCGCCAGAAACGUUACCACCGAAAUUUUGACAUUGUCGUCAUUGAGUGUUGUGUUUGGCGGCGCCUGUGUAGUUGUCACACAAGGGUUUUGUAAUGAAAGAGUGCAAUUCGCCUGCUUGAUAAGCCUGGAUCUGUCCAUGUUUUAAAUGAAAGAGAAAAGUACGUUCUGUUGCAGAGAGUCUAUGAAGUCUGCUUGGGAUGAUGCAGUGAAGUUUCUCAGUGCGCAAGAGUCGCGUGUUCGUGUGGAAAGUCAACGUAUUGCUGGUGAAGAUUUUGAAGUUUGGCGUUUAUUACAUCACUCUACACCUGGGAGUCCUUCGUCACCGUCGGUAAAAUAUCUUGCUUUUCUAAGGUUACAGAAACUAUUGACUUUGGUUGUGCGAAGGCCGGAUAUAUAGCGCUAUCCACCGGACAGAGAUUUCUUCGCAGAAGACAGGUUAUGGAACAACGAUUUAAUAAUGUACAUCAUUAUAUUUCUUUGUAGGGUUCAAAUGUGAAACAAGGAAAAGUAUGGCAGGGAACAGGUAUUUUAAAUAAUAAUUUACCAAUUUAUGAAUUUGGUAAUUUCUUUUACAAAACCGUGGAUUUUGGGGUCCGCAUCCAGGGACAUGUCGAUUUCACCGUGCUCUUUCGUGGACCGAAAAUUUCAUAUUUUUAACAAAAGACUUCGCUUUGCAGACACAAAAUUUCGCAUCUUCUUUAUUAUGGCGGAUUGCAGUCUAUCUUCUGAUGCAAAACUUCAACGAUUACUGGUUGAUAAAGUUGUUUGAAAUGGGAUCAUAUUAAAGUGACUCCCACAUGCAGCCAAUAACGUAUCCGAAGAUAUGCACUUUUUGUCUGCGAAAAUUGUAGCAACUAUAGCCAACGACAAGAAAAUAUAGCCACGUGAAAUAUCCUAAUAAUGCUCAAGCAUGAUUCCAAUGUACCGCUAAUCUUUGCUAUAGUAUUUCCCUUCGCCACAUGACAGAGAUCCACAUGCUCGUGAACAUGAAGCAACAACGGUCUUGUGAACGAGCGUUAUAUUACUAAUUCUGGGAAUUUCUGCUGCGUUUUUAUGUCUUUCUUAUUUUUUUCUUUAUCUUGAUUAGCUUUUGAAAACUUCACAACGGCUGUUAAUCCUCCUUUGAUUAGUCCAACUCCAUGUUUAAAGAUACGAAAUAUGUUUGAACCGGUCAUGUAAGUGUCUAUCUAAAUUAAUGUAACUAUGCGCUUUGCUUAUCGUGCAUGCGUAACACAAUGCGUUUUAUACUGUAUUUGCUGAUCUAAUAUUUGUUCGCCCAGUUAUUAGAAACUAAUUAAUUUCUAAACAUGUUCCUUAUGACUUUGUCAUUUAGGGAAACUCAGGAUCAAUGGCAUGUAUUUAUUCAAGAUGCUAUACUGGAGAAAUGCACUGAAAAAGAAGCCGCUAUAGUCCAUAUAUCAGUUGAUAAAGCAUCUAAUGAGGUAAGUGCAUGAAGAUAUUAAUCUGCAAUCCGCUUUUAUCGCGCCUUUUAAACCAUUUUGAGAAUUGACGUCUGGCGAAUACAUAAUAUUGCUGCAGAAUUCUUGAAUACCGGUGAUGGAAAGAGUAUAGGUAAAAGUUAGCAAGUACUAGUUUGGGGACUUCAAUUUGAAAACCGUGGUACUGACGGUAUUUCAAUAACAAAAAUAAAAAAAAAUAAAUAAAAAUGUUCUAUCUUGCACGGUGAAUAUAAGUUAAAGGCACAGUAUUCACGAAAACAUGCAUACAACGCUUAAUUUGAAGCGCAAAAAGCAGGGCUUGCCAACUUCACUAUUGCUGAAACCAUGCAUAUAAAUUUAAUAGUCUUAUAUUAAAAAUUCUUCCAUAAGAAAAUACACAAUUUCACCUUUGUGGCCCUAUGCGUUCUUCAAAGGUAGCGCCUUAUAAAAAGUCAUACGGUUUCAAUUAUAAUCCGAUAAGGAAAUUUUCAUUCCAGUUAUUUUUAUACUUCAAUCUUUGAAGUCUGUCAAACAGUAACCUCCAUAAUCUGGAUUGUUUUAUGUUUAGGGCUGCGUUUAUGUAAAAUGUGCAAACCAUCGUUCAUCUGGUGCCGCUUUUCGUGCUAUACAUGGUUGUUGGUUUGAUGGUAAGUAAUGGUAGUAAAUGUAUGCCAGGGCAACCUCCAUUUCUGCAAAAUGUGAAAUUUCGCAAAUCUUAUAAAUUAAAUUCAAUACUUUUGUCGCAUAAUGUUAGCAAUUAUGUAUUUGCGCACUCGUGCAUUCAAGCAUCGUGUAUUUUAGAGUUAUAGUAACUGCUAUGUUUGCUAUUUUAGCACCGUGUUUCCCUAAUCUUAAUAUUGUUAUCCAAAAUCAUGCACAAAUGUUAACAUGUGCGAAUUUAACAUUAGCUUUUUCUCUAUCCCAUGGACUCCCUCUUCUCUUAGGUUACGUGCAUGCUCUCUUGUCUGUAUGUCUUGACUGUAUGUCUUGACUGUAUGUCUUGAUCUUAUCCUAUGUCUCUCAACCGUUCUUCGACCUUCUAUAAUAGGCAAUUCCAGCUUUUAGUUUAUGCCUGCAGGGGAUGAUGGGAAGUAAGGUAUCAUAUUGCUGAUUAUGCUGAAAAAUUUCAAUAAAAACUACCGAAACAACCGAAAUAUUUCAAUAUUUACAAGUAUAAGCUAUCACUCCGUGUUUACACGGCCACCAUUUUAAUUUUUUCAGCAUAAUCAGCAAUGUGAUACCUUACUUCCCAUCGUCCCCUGCACGCAUAAACUAAAAGCUGGAAUUGCCUAUUAACUUUCGGGAGCUUCUUUCAGUGGCGUAACGGAGGAAGAGUAGGCCUUUAGGCAUAUUUGGUGCAUGUGGGGGCCCUGUUGAUUGUUGCCAUUGUUUGACUUUGAUAUUAUAUUUAUAUUAAAAUAUUUAUCUCCAACACAUGUAACAACUAAUAAGAAUAACUUUUGUUUUAUUUGAGAUGGAAUAAAAAAAUCGGCUACCGUUGUCGAUGGAGGCUUUAUUAUUUUUAAUAUCAUUAUUAAUUUUGUAUUUUCCCAUUGAUUCUUAACCUGCAUUUUUUACGUUUUCUAAUUUUCUGGGCGAUAGGGCGUGGCCGACGGGGCCCAUGACUGUCGGGGGCCGUAACCCUAUCCAAUGAACGUUACGCAACUGCCUUUUUCCCCUCAUCUCAAAAUGUGGCCAAACAAUCCGGUAUUCUCGCUUCUCUGAUGUUCUCGGAAUUAAACUUUAGCGUUGACAAUUAUACACAAAUUAAAAUAAAGAUCCAUAUAAAGCAUAGGUCAAAGCUAAGACCUAUUUUGCAGUAUAUAUUUCUUCAAAUCCAGUUUGUUAGUAACUUGCGGUAUCCAAAUUAUGUCGAAUCAUGUGCUGAAAAAUAGUGUCCAACCGGAAACCCAUUAAGGUCUCUGAUUUAACGAUACCCGCGCUCUGUCUAUUGAGAUGUCUGGCUGAUACACUCAGAAAUUGAUUUUGAGCAAGUGAUUCUACUCCGUUUGAACAUAGCAAAUUACUCUUCUUAACACUGCUAAGAAAAGAUAAGUUUUUCUUCAAUAUCAUGUUUCAGCAGCUUCCAAAAAUUAUUUAUUUGUAUAUUUAUCUUCAGGUCGUUUGGUAACUGUGAAAUUCCUUACUUUAAAACGGUACCACCAACGAUUCCCUGAAUCUGUAGAAGCCAAGGAACAUCUAAAAGCCAGUGGGAUGUCUAGCAGUACCAUACCGAAACUUGAGUCAGCACCUGUUAACGAAUCCGACUCUGAUUCUGAUUCCUAAACUUUGAUUUGGUUGGCUCGACACAGUAUAAUGAUCUUGUUUGAAAAAAGUCAUCAAUCGUUGCUGCACAUUGAAAUAAAAAGGUCAUAACAUUCACUGUAACUACGGGAGAACAAUUGUAUGCUGAAAGCAGGCAGUAAUUUGCAGUUCAAUGUCAGGAAAAAAAUAUAUAUAUUCCAAGAUAACAUAUAGUAAAUUUAAAAUUUUGCUAUGUAUGACUGUAUAUUUAACAUGCAUGUCCUUUUUGAAAAGCAGAACUAUACUGUAUAUGUCAACUGCAAACAGAAAAAGAACUAUUGAAAAGAUCUGUAAGUAUAACCAUAUCAACAUGUCCAAACCUGUUAACCAAUUAUCAACCGCUGCAUGAAUGGAUAUAAAUAGAACUUGUAUAUCAAUUAAACUGCCUCCUACCCAGGUGCUAUAUAACUAACUGCGAGAGGUUCGCGUUCAAUAACCGAUCCAUUCUCGUACCCAGAGCCCUUCUUACGCGCAGUGCGACGAGGGGCUCUGGCCAAAUCCAUAUCAAACUGGCAUCUGAUUGGCUACAACGAAGGUUAUUGUUCUAAUACCGGAUAUAUUCUUUUACCAUGUUUUUAUGGUAUCCGGUUUUGGAUUUGACCAGAGCCCCUCGUCGCAGCGCGCGUAAGAAGGGCUCUGGGUACGAGAAUGUAACCGAUCAUUCUUUGAAAAUUCAAGUAUGUAUACUUUUUUCUUUCUCGAUGGCCACAUGCAACAUUUGUAUAGGUAACAGUAUGGUUUCGAGUACAAUUUAGGAAAAAAACAUGCACGGGUGAGUUUUUCAAAGACGAUCAAAAUUGAUCGAGUGCAAUUUGAAGUCUUUGAAAAACUCACGAGUUGUGUUUUUUCAAAUUGCACGAGAAACCAUAGUAUAUACUUAUAUUAACAAUAUACAUGAAAAAAUUAUGCAGUCUCGUGCGUAUUAAAAGUCACAUUUAGAUAUUAAGAAAUAAAAAAAUUGAAGAAUAAAAAAUUAAGAAAAUUAAGAGGUUUGCACUGUAUUUCUUUCUUUUUGCACUGCCACUGUAUUUCAUUUUUUGGCACUGUAUUUCGAAAACAUUGCACUGCUCUUCGUCAAUCAGAAUUGAGAACGUUUUUCAUGUAUAUUAUUGGGAUCAAAUAAUCGGGCAUAUAGAGGACAGCAAUGAAUGAGAACUCGCCAUAUCCGGGGAUAAUUCCAUUUUGCCUUCAUUUUGUAUGGUAAGUACAUUUCUAUAUAUUGGCGACGUUCAAAUUUCUUGUGGGCUUCUGCCAACACGUUUUUCUUCGAUUUUCCUAUUAAACUCGUACAUUGUUAAAAACUUGUAACCGUUUAAAUGUCUUAGGG